AUUUCCUUCUCCGCUAGGUUUGCAGCAUCAGACGGAGGUUGGAGGAGCUGCGGAGCUGCUGGCUGCCGCGCUGUCGGCUGCCGCGCUGCCGAGUUGCGGAGUCUGGUACUCAGAGCUGCGGAUCUCGGUGAGAUUUUGCGCUGCUCAUCCUGGGCCAUUUCAUUGAUAAUCAGUAGCGGAUCGCUUUGCCAAGAGCCGGGAGGAACAAAGGAGUCAGGAAGGAGACGCGCUGCGCCUCCGGCCGCUUUGCUCCUAGUGACUUUCUCUUUCGCUUGCUCCUGUCCGGAGAGCCUGGGUUUAUAAUCGUCAUUGUACUGUAAGUACCCGAAGAGAACUUCCUGCGCUCUGCUUUUUGACUGUCUCUGUUCCGGGAAAGUUUGUGAAUUGGGAGUGUCUUCUGAGCCUUAACUUUCUGUGCCGAAAAUCAUUCCGCAGGAGCCGCCAUUUGCUGUUCUGCUUGCUAGCUCUCUGCGUUGUCCGGCAGCGCCAUCUUGAGGUUGGAACUUGGCACUGCAACUAAUUUAUCCAAAAGGACCUAACUGAAUAAGCCAGUGUCAGUAAAGAUUGGUAUUCAGUCACAGCAUAUUUUUAAAAACUUGGUGCUUAAUUCAAAAUCAAGACAAUAGACGCUUAGCUGCUGUUCUACUUAGAACUCUUUGUAAUUGAAAUUUUCCAUUCAUAACAAACUGGUUUUUUUAACUUGAUAGAGUUGGAAUUUUUUAGUGCGGACAAGUGCUUAUUAGAGAAGUGAGUUGCAAAGAAAUAAAGAUGAGUAAGAGCAAAGAUGAUGCUCCUCACGAAUUAGAGAGCCAGUUUAUCUUACGUCUACCUCCGGAAUAUGCAUCUACUGUGAGGCGGGCAGUACAGUCUGGCCAUGUCAACCUGAAGGACAGACUGACAAUUGAGUUACACCCUGAUGGGCGUCAUGGAAUCGUCAGAGUGGACCGGGUCCCACUGGCCUCAAAAUUGGUAGAUCUGCCAUGUGUUAUGGAAAGUUUGAAAACCAUUGAUAAAAAAACCUUUUACAAGACAGCUGAUAUCUGUCAGAUGCUUGUAUCCACAGUUGAUGGUGAUCUCUAUCCUCCAGUGGAAGAACCAGUUGCUGCUGCUGCUGCUGCUGCUGCUGAUCCCAAAGCAAGCAAGAAAAAGGAUAAGGACAAAGAGAAAAAGUUUGUAUGGAACCAUGGAAUCACUCUGCCUUUAAAAAAUGUCAGAAAGAGAAGGUUCCGGAAAACAGCAAAGAAGAAGUAUAUUGAAUCUCCCGAUGUGGAAAAAGAAGUGAAGCGUUUGCUGAGUACAGAUGCAGAAGCUGUCAGUACUCGUUGGGAAAUAAUUGCUGAAGAUGAAACAAAAGAAACAGAAAAUCAAGGCCUUGAUAUCUCUUCUCCAGGAAUGUCAGGCCAUAGGCAGGGCCAUGACUCAUUAGAACAUGAUGAGCUUCGGGAGAUAUUCAAUGACCUCAGCAGCAGCAGUGAAGAUGAAGAUGAGACACAGCAUCAAGAUGAAGAAGAUAUAAACAUAAUUGACACUGAAGAAGAUCUGGAAAGACAGCUACGGGACAAGCUAAGUGCUUCAGAUGAACAGCACCAAGAAAAUGAGGGAACCAAUCAACUGGUUAUGGGAAUUCAGAAACAGAUUGAUAACUUAAAAGGCAAACUCCAAGAGACCCAGGACAGGGCAAAACGACAGGAAGAUCUCAUCAUGAAAGUGGAAAACCUGGCUCUCAAGAACAGAUUUCAGGCUGUACUGGAUGAACUUAAACAAAAGGAAGACCGAGAAAAGGAGCAACUUAGCUCUCUGCAAGAAGAGCUAGAAUCACUCUUAGAGAAGUGAGAAGAGCUUGGAUACUUCAAUUCAUUCCUUAGAGUGGUCAGCAUUAGAAGAAAAAUUUUGGCUUCAUAACCUGGACUAGAUGAUAGAACUUUGUGGUAAUUUCUAUUUUUUUCUGCUGCCUUUUAUUGAAAUUUUUUAGAACUAUAAAUGUGAAUUUCUAUCUUAUUUGUCUCUCAGAACCACUUUAUUAGGGUUUAUCCUGUAGGAAGUAGGAAUAUAUAGAAAAAUAAAUGAUUGUAGGAAAGUUGUAGAAUUAAUGGAAUGAACAGUUCAACCUUAGCAAUCAAAACUUCACUGCAGGACUUUGCUGCUGUUUCUCCUUUUGCCAGAAACUGCUAUUAUUAGUUGGUGAUGUCAUCUGAGAUCAGUAAGAAGAGUAGUCUAAAGGCGGUUAAGCUAGUUUGUGUAAUGUUUUCCCAUGCAGUAGCUAUUUUCCUAGUUAUUCAAUUUUAUACAUGUAGAGUUGUAAAUCAUUUCAUAAAGUUGUUUUAACACAAUAAAUAGAAACUAAUUUUCACCUCA